GUUUAACUGUAAGGAAAUCUAUGGAAGUCAAUGUACAAGAAUGUUAAAACUGCUAAAAGGAGUCAUGAUAUUUGGAGUAAUCAGUGCGAGCUGAGCUCUUCCCCUGAAUGAAUCCAAGUAACCCCGGUGGUUGCCUUCUGAAAUGACUAGCAGACACACAUCUGUACGGAGGCUGCCCAAAGUAUAAACUCUGAUUCUAAAGCACCAUGUCCAGCCAAGGAAGUCUGGGAGUGGAGUUUUCUACAACGACAGUCAGUUCAGUAGCUGUGCAGGCUGGGGACUCUAAAAUUGUUAUAGCUGUCAUAAAGUGUGGCAAGUGGAUACAACUUCAGCUGGCUGAAUCACAGCCCAAUAUUCUAGAAAUUGGUAGCAGUCAAGAUGAAACCAAAAAACUUCUUCAUGAUCAUGAACUCCUUUUGGCAAAGCUCAAGGCUAUGGAAGAUCGGGUAUGGGAACUCUUGCAGGAAGCAGACAAGACAGCUGAAGAGAACAAGGAUCAGAGUCAGGUCUAUGAUGCCAUGGCCAAUACCUUGGGUGAAGCAUGGGCAGCCCUGGUCUCCAUGCUUGAAAGAAGAAGGGAGCUCCUCAGGUUGACCUCUGAAUUUUUUGAAAGUGCCUUGGAGUUUGCUAUUAAAAUAGAUCAAGCUGAAGAUUUCCUCCAGAAUACUCAGGAGUUUGAGAGUGCUGAGUCCUUAAAAUCACUUCUUCAGCUUCAUGAACAUCAUACCAAAGAACUCUUAGAACGAUCUCUAGCCCUUUUAAACAAAAGUCAACAACUCACUGACUUCAUAGAAAAAUUCAAGUGUGAUGGGCCUAAUGUAAUUCCCGAGUUGAUUCAGGGAGCUCAUAAUAGCUGUCUGAAGAUCGACAGUCUUCUUGAACUUCUACAAGACAGGAGACGGCAGCUAGACAAGUAUCUGAAGCAACAGCAUUCAGCUAGUUCUACUUUGGAAAAAAAAUUGAGUUACCAGAAUAAUGGCAAUUUAAGAUUUACAUCAAACCCUAAAAUGACGAUUAAUGAAGAUUGCCAAUUAGCAGAAAGCUGGAAAGACCUCUUACACCAGAUUACUAUCUGGUCCAUGCUAGAAAAUUCUAAGCAUUGGUCUCAAAACCAGCUUUGUGAUAUCAGUCCUCUAAUGGUUACUUGUUGGUUUCAGAAAACCAUAAGAGAUUUACGAGAGCAAAGUCUGGGUUCAUCACUUUCAGACAAUGAGGAACUAAUUCGUAAGCAUGAGGAACUGAAAACAAAAGCAAAGGAAUGGAAUUCUGCUGUUGAUACACUGAAGAGCGAGGCACUUGAGAUUCUGCUAUCCAAGGACUACGUGGAGAAAGGACAUCUACAGCUCUCUAACCAGAAACUGAAUCGGCUUCAAGAAGAAUUGGGUCAGCUCCUCGUGGAAAGGAAAACCUGGUUAAAAAAGGCAAAUGAUUUUUUUAACAGUGCUAACAAGGCAUUUGAUGUACUUGGAAGAGUUGAAGCUUACCUUAAGCUCCUUAAAUCAGAGGGUUUAAGUCUGCCUGUCUUGGCUGCGAGGCAUGAGGAAUUACAUAGAGAAAUUAAAGACUGCACAGCUGAUGCUUUGCAAAAGGGACAAGGCUUAACCAGCCAAGCAAACUCCUGCAGCUCUCAGGUGAUCGGUAUCCAUGAGAUGAUGGGAUGCAUUCAGAGACGAGUGGAUCAUCUGACCCAACAGUGUUCAGCGCACAAGGAAUUUGCUCUUAAGAAACAACAAUUAACGGCCUCAGUGGAGGGCUACUUACAGAAGGUGGAAAUGUCAAUUCAGAAAAUCAGUCCAGUACUUUCCAAUGCAAUGGAUGUUGGUUCCAGCCUUUCUGAGUCAGAGAAGAUUUUAAGUAAAUAUUUGGAACUAGAUAUCCAAGCUAAGGAAACAUCACAUGAAUUAGAAGCAGCUGCAAAACUUAUGAAAGAGGAAAAUGAACUUGAAUCUGAUGAAGUAGCAUCACUUUCUUCUAAAGCUAAAUGGCUAGAAGAAGAAUUAAGCAUACUUGGCCAAAGGAUCAGCUCCAGGUCACAAGUCCUUCAAACUUAUGUGGCAUUUCUAAAGCUAUCGGAGGAGGUAGAGGAGCACUGUCAGAGCCUAAAGCAGUUUUACCAAGAUGAAAACCCACAGAAGGAAGAGGAUCUUGCUGAAGCCAAGCAUUGGUCUGACUCAGCCGAGAAGCAGUGGCAGCUCUUUUUAAAGAGAAGUUUUUUAACUCAAGACCUUGGGCUUGAGUUCCUUAAUUUAAUAAAUAUGGCAAAAGAGAAUGAAAUAUUAAGUGUGAAAAAUAAAGUCCACAUUAUGGAGAAUGCUAUGGAAAGCCAAAAGGCAGAAAGGGAAGAACUCAGCCUCCUUCGGAUGGCACGGCAACUUGAAGCCACUGCAAGCAAGCCUGUGAAACAGCAGUGGGGCACAUUCAAAGAGCAACUUAGAAAGACUACUCACAACUUAAAACUUCUUCAGGAAGCACUUAUGUCUGUGACUGCACUUGACCUUGGAGGGAGCCUCCAGACCAUUUUAGGUCUACGGAAAAAAUGGAAUGCAAUGAAGGCUCAGUUCCAGCAACUGAAUGAUGAGGUUCAGUACAUUAUAAAAGAAUCAGAAGAGCUAAGUUGCAAAGGUGUCCCUGUGAAAGAGAAGUCUCAACAGCUGAAGGACCUCAUUCAUCUCCAUCAAAAACAGAAAGAGAGAAUCCAAGACUACGAGGACAUCCUGUAUAAGACAGUCCAGUUCCACCGAGUCAAGGAAGAGCUGGAACAUCUCUUCAAAUCAAGAGGACUGGAGUUUCUAGAACAGCCAAAGGAACUGGAUAAUGCUCACGAUGCCCAGGUUCACCUCAGUCGCUCUCAGGAAAAGCGGGCACAUAUAGACCAUCUCCACAGAUUGGCCCUUUCCCUGGGAGUGAACAUCAUCUCAUCAGUGCAGCAGCCUAACUGCUCUAAUGUGUCUGCAAAGAGCCUACAGCAACAGCUGGAUAUCCUUGAUGGGGAGAGUGUGAACUGGCACACCAAAGCCAGAGAGUAUGAGCGGACCCUGACAUGCAGCAUGGAGUACUGUACCACGAGGGAUGAGAUAAAUGAGCUCAAAGAGUCAUUCAAAGAUACCAAAAAGAAAUUCAACAAUUUGAAGUUUAAUUACACUAAGAAAAAUGAAAAGGCUCGGAAUCUUAAGGCUCUUAAAUAUCAAAUUCAACAAGUUGAUAUGUAUGCUGAAAAAAUACAGGCUUUGAAAAGGAAAAUGGAAAAAGUUGAGAUUAAAACUUCUGAUUCUUUCUUAAAUUAUCCAAAUAAUAAAGUUAAUGUGCUUUUGGAAGCCAUGAAGGAUUUGCAAAAACAUGUGGAUGAGUUUGACAAAGUUGUAACAGAUUACAAGAAGAAUUUGGACCUGAUUGAGCAUCUCCAGGAGAUGAUAGAAGAGUGUCAUUUUUGGUGUGAAGAUGCAAGUGCCACAGUUAUAAGAGUUGGAAAAUAUUCCACAGAGUGCAAGACAAAGGAAGCUGUGGAAAUUCUCCACCAGCAGUUCAAUAAGUUUAUUACGCCCUCAGUGCCUCAGCAAGAGGAAAGGAUUCAGGAGAUCAGUGACCUUGCGCAACGAUUAUAUGGUUUUGAAGAAGGGCAGAAAUAUGCUGAGAAAACAGUGGCAAAACACAAAGAGGUUCUCGAAUCUAUUACUGAAUUAUGUGGCUCUCUCAUAGAACUUGAAGAAAAGCUGAAGCAGGGAGACGUUUUGAAAAUGAAUCUGAAUUCGGAAGACUUCCACAAUGACUGCAUUGACCUACUGAAUGAACCAGUGAGAAAUAAGCAGAUGAUAUUCAAUGAAGAAAUGAAUAAGAAGCAGGAGCAUGUAGCAGAUAUUUUGACCAUCAGUGGAACAGGAGAGGGUCGGCUUCCACAGGACCUGAAGCAGCUAUCCUCUGGCAAAGAGGGUGGCAUCCAAGGCCUGCUCCAGCCUGCAGACAUGCUUUUACGAGAAGAACAUGAGUGUGUCUCACCUGAUGACAUCUCCUUGCCUCCACUCCCAGGAAGCCCUGAUUCCCCCCUCAUACUGUCUGACAUGGAGGUGGAAGAGCAUGCCAGUCCCUCCCUCAGCCUUCACAUAAGCAAUUACAGGAUGCAGAUGGGGGCUAGCCGUCCAGGGGAGGCCCAGGAAUGUGACCUUCCACCACCUGCUGCUUUUGCUGAUACUUGCAAUGAUAAGAGAGAAAUAUUUUCAAGUCAUUUUGAGAGGCCUUACCCUCAGUUCAAAGCUGAGCCCCCAUCAACCUCCAGAGGGUUUCUGGAAAAGAGUACUGCCAUCUGCGAAAUCAGUGCCGGACAUCCAGAGAGCAUGUCGAGUGAAGUGCAUGAAAGAGCUUUACAGCAGCACCUGCAGGCUCAGGAAAGUUUGCUAGAAAUACAGGAGAAAAUGCAUGUUGAUAAUAACGUCACUAAAACCCAAAAUAGGCUGCAUGCUUCCCAGGAUGCAUACUCGGGCCUCAGGUUUCAAUCAGGCCCCAGCCUGGCCUAUCAGAGGCAAAUAGUUUCGCAAGAAGAGAUUAAAAGUACAUCAGCAGAAAACAGCAUGGUCAGCUUAGCUGGCCAGGCACCUAAUUUCUCCAGGCUCCUGUCUAAUGUAACAGUUGUGGAAGGAUCUCCAGUGACUUUGGAAGUUGAAGUAACAGGAUUUCCAGAGCCUACACUGACAUGGUACAAGAAGGGCCAGAAAUUGUCUGCAGAUGGACACUUACAGGUUUUACACAAGGAGACAAGACAUUCGGUGUUCAUUCCGAAGGUAUGCGGGGCAGAUGCAGGCCUCUAUGUGGCUCGGGCCCAAAACUCUAGUGGCAUUCUCUCUUCCAAUGUCAUCCUCCAUGUGACAGGUAACCGCAGGCCACCAAUCACGAGAAUAAACUGGAUAACACUGUGUGUCAUCUAUGUUAGUGUGUCCCUAAUAUACUGGCUGCUCGCACAGUAACUGUGGGAUUGGCAUCCAUGGACAUUAUUCUCACAAGC